CUUGGCUAAGGUUUAUUUCCAUUAGACGCAGCCACAUGAGUGAAUCUCAGUGACUGUACUCAAACAUUUCCAAAAUGAUGGAUUUGUUUACAAUAUUGUUAAUUAUCAGUCUUACUUCUGUCUCCAAUUGUAGUCUAGCUUUGAAGUUGGAAGACAACGACAAUGAACUGGUUUUUGCAAGCAUUGUUUACAGGCAUGGAGAACGGAACCCAGAUAGUUUCUACACUAACGACCCAUACCAAAAUUUGUCGUAUUGGCCGGAUGGCUUAGGAGCAUUGACAGAUAGAGGAAAGAAAGAACAAUUAAAACUUGGGAAAUGGCUGAGAAGGCGGUACGACCCCUUGAUCGUGGACGGAAGAUACUCGCACGAUCUCCUGUACGUCCAGAGCACGGACGUCGACCGUACCAUAAUGAGCGCUCUUGUAAACCUAGCUGGCAUGUUCUACCCAUCUCAGCAGGAGAGGUGGAGCAGCAUCAACUGGCAGCCCAUACCGGUACACACCGUUCCGAAACACCUCGAUAAGGAGCUUCUUAUAAUGCUGACUAAAUGUCCGAAAAUCAAAGAGGAGGAAGAACUUAUAAAAGAGAAUCCGAUUGUGAAGCAGUACAAUGAAGAAAACAGCCGUAUGUUCAUUGAACUGGCGAAACACACGGGCGAAACUACUCCUCUAAAUCCAUCAAAAACGCGCACAAUAUACACCAAUCUCAACAUAGAAUCCCAGACACUAAUUAACUUCAGCAUUCCCUGUUGGGCGAAAUGCUAUUAUCCCGAACCAAUGAGCCGAGUUUCUGUUUUCAGUUUAAAAAUGUUGACAAUGACGAAAACACUGAAGAGACUCAGAGGAGGGCCAUUAUUGAAGGAGAUUAUAACACACAUGAAAGAAAAAAAAGACGGGAGUUUGAAGCAGAAACUCUGGAUGUAUUCGGCUCACGAUGUAACUUUAACCUGUUUGCUGGAUGCGAUGGGAGUCUUCGAACCCCAUAUCCCACCUCUGUCAGCAACCGUUAUGGUCGAACUGAGAAAGAACAAAAAUAAGGACUAUUUUGUUUCGGUACACUACAAGAACUCCACUGAGGAACCAUUCGUGCUCGAGAUUCCGGGAUGUAUACCAUCUUGCCCGUUGCACAAGUUCGAGUCCCUGCUGUCGGAUGUGAUCCCAGAAGACUGGGAAAAGGAGUGUCACAGCAAUGAGCCUGCUGAUGUCACUUUCGAAGAUUACUGGUGGUUAAUGGAAGAACAUUACUACAGUAAUAUUUCUACUGCAGCAUUAGAAUGCGGAGCUCGCUCACGUGGUUCAAGAAAAUAAAUGUUAGGAGAUUUUGAUGUCUUAUGCUUUAUACCUACUAUUGGAAGGAAGUUACUCAUCUAUGCUACGCUCAGGUCUUAUCAUUACUCUAUUUUUCGUUUUCUAUGUUGUAUUAUGUAAGUGUAUAUAUAAACGUUUAAGCGCUUAAGUGGAUAUAUUUGUAUAUUGAAAAAAAGAAAGAAAAAUAAUUAUAAAAAUUUAGUUCUAGUCCUUUAAAAAUAUCAAUGUGAUAAAUGCUAUAACAGAUUGAGAACUUGGUCAAAUAAAUUGCAUGCAUUGAACCAUUUCUCUUAUACUUUAUUACUAACAUUAAACGUAAAUAAAAAAAAAAUAUUUAAAAACAUUCUUAAAAUUCUAACCUGAUUACUAACUAACAAAUUGUAAUUAGCAAAUAUAUUGGAAACUAACACUGUGAUUUGUAAAUCUCACGCCAAAUUUAUUUAAUAAUUAUAUUACUAACCAAUUGUAGUUAUUCAAGAAAUUUAU